UGAAGUAUAUAACCUUUACUUUGGAUUAAGCAGAUAACAAAUCAUUGAUAAAACGCAAUAUCAAUAUGAUAUUGAUUAAUAGACGAGGAACAUAAUUCAUUUCUAAGGAAACCUAUGUAGGAUUUGUUUCUUUUAUUUUUUAUUAAACUAUUAUGCCAGUUCGACCUUUAAACCCUGAGUUGGCGAAAAAGGCAAGAGAGGAGUUAAAUGAAGAUCCAGAGAGGUUAGAAGAUGGUUUGCGACACCUCAAGGACUGGUUGGCGAAGCAACCACAUCUCAAUGUUAAUACAGACGAUCAAUGGCUGGUGAUAUUUUUGCGAGGAUGUAAGUACAGCAUGGAAAAGGCAAAACAGAAAUUAGAUCUCUAUUAUACACUGCGGAGUACCGAGCCAUACCUUUUCAACACGAUGCCGACCAUUGAAUAUUUUAAUGAAAUCAUGGACUUAGGGCCAGUCGUUCAUCUGCCGAAACCUCCGGGACCAGCAGAACCAAUGGUCACUAUAUAUAGGUCGGGAGUCUACGAUCCUCAUAAAUAUGACAUGUUGGAUAUGAUAAAGUGUUCUAUAAUUAUUCAAAAGAUAAUAUUGUAUGAGAAUGACAACGCAGUUGUAGCGGGUAUCAGGGGCAUAAUGGAUUUAGAGAAUUGUACAAUGGCUCAUUUUCUACAAAUGAGUCCGACGAUGGCUAAGAAAAUGACAGUUUACAUGCAGGAUGCUGCUCCAGUGAGGAUGAAGAGUCACCAUUAUAUAAACACAAUACCCGGAUUUGAAACUGUAUUCAAUAUGUUUAAAGCUCUCCUGAACGAAAAAAAUAGGAAUAGAUUACAUGUUCAUAAUAACAAUUUUGAAGAAUUGUACAAAUAUGUACCACAGUCCAUACUUCCGGUGGAGUAUGGGGGUAAAGGAGGAACAGUGAGGGAAAUAACAGAUUACUGGAAGAAGAAAGCAGAGGCGUACUGGCCGUGGUUGGAAGAAGAUAUAAAGUAUUGCUCAGAUGAGAGCAAGAGGCCCGGCAAGCCCAGGACUGCAGAAGACCUCUUUGGGAUCGAAGGCUCAUUUAGACAACUUCAGUUCGAUUGAUAUAAUAGAUGAUAUAAUUUUAAAAUAGUAGUUGUCAUGUUACUUAGCGGGUUUUUUCAUUUUUUACUGAAUUAAAAAUGAAAAGCAACAAUGUUUUUAAAAUUAGUUCAUAAUCUUAUCAAGGAUAAACCUACUGUGUGAUUUGUUUAGUUAUGUUAUUUGUGAAAUAUUAAGGAGAUUAUAGUAACCUGCAAAACCAAAAUGGAUAUUUAGAGUGGAAAAUCUUUAUAUUUUUCCAAAACAAAUAUCUUAUUUC